AAGAAGAAGGAAGAGGAUUGUGCAGUUCAUCAGUGGGGCACCUCACGAAAAAAAAAAAACGUCAAGUUGUUCCCAGGGAAAGGAGCAGUAGUUUCGGACCAGUCGAAGAAGGCUCUUCUCUGCGUGUCUAUUUUGUAACGUAUUUGUGGGGAAAACGAGGCAAGAAGUCCCCUAAAGCGGUGGAAAAGUUGUCCGAGUGAGAAAGGGAACAAAACGAAGCCUGGCACCCGCCCCCACCCCCUCGCAGCUAACCGUCGACCCGCUACCAUUCUUUCAUUUAGCGACUUUUUUUCGUCGACAAAACAAGACAUUUUGCUGGAGUGAUAAAUGUCAUUGUGACUCUACUGGAAAUAAGUGUCAGGACAAAAUGGAUCCACGGCUAGUUGCGCUAGCAUCGAUGUUAGCAUUUCUGAGCUUUAUCCGAGCACAGCAAGAGGGAAGUGUGUGCAUCAAGGCCAACGCUCAGUCGUGCGGUCAGUGCAUCCAAGUGGCCGAGUCAUGCGGCUGGUGCACAGAUGAGGGCUUCCUCUCGGAAGGCGAGUCCAAGUCGGCUCGCUGUGACGACCUGGAAUCUCUGAAGACCAGAAAUUGCAACGAGACCAAAAUUCAGAAUCCUCGCGGUGGCAUCGUCAUCAACAAGAACAAACCGGUCACCAACCGCAAGAAGGACAACACGGAGAAGCCUAAACCCGAGCAGAUCACGCAGAUCCAGCCUCAGAAGCUCACCCUCACCCUCAGAUCGGGCGAGCCGCAGACCUUUGAUCUGAAGUUCAAGCGAGCCGAGGACUAUCCCAUAGACCUGUACUACUUGAUGGACCUGUCCUUCUCCAUGAAGGAUGAUCUGGACAACGUCAAAAACCUGGGCACAGACCUCAUGAGGGAAAUGCAGACCAUCACCUCAGACUUCAGGAUUGGUUUCGGCUCGUUUGUGGAGAAGACGGUGAUGCCGUACAUCAGCACCACUCCGGCGCGCUACAAGAACCCGUGCACGAGCAAUUACAACUGCACCAGCCCCUUCAGCUACAAGAACGUCCUGAAGCUGACCAACAAGGGUGACCAGUUCAACCAACUGGUCAGCCAGCAGCAGAUCUCGGGAAACCUGGACUCUCCCGAGGGAGGCUUUGACGCCAUCAUGCAGGUGGCCGUGUGCGAGGAGCAGAUCGGCUGGCGGAACGUCACUCGCCUCCUCGUCUUUUCCACGGACGCUGGCUUCCAUUUUGCCGGGGAUGGAAAACUGGGCGGCAUCGUGCUCCCCAACGAUGGCAAAUGUCACCUGGAGAACAACAUGUACACCAUGAGCCACUACUAUGACUACCCGUCCAUUGCCCAUUUAGUCCAGAAACUGAGCGACCACAACAUCCAGACCAUCUUUGCAGUCACUGAAGAAUUCCAACCUGUGUACAAGGAGCUGAAAAAUCUCAUCCCCAAAUCGGCCGUGGGCACGUUGUCGUCCAACUCCAGCAACGUCAUCAAACUCAUCAUCGACGCCUACAACUCUUUGUCAUCGGAAGUCAUUCUGGAAAACGGCAGACUUCCAGAAGGGGUCUCCAUCACCUACAAGUCCAUCUGUAAGAAUGGCGUGGAGGGAACCGGUGAGAACGGCAGGAAGUGCUCCAAUAUCUCCAUUGGAGAUGAGGUGAUGUUCAAGAUCUCCAUCGAGUCCGAGAAGUGCCCGUCGCACGGCAAGCAGGAGAGCAUCAAGAUCAAACCGCUGGGCUUCACCGAGGAGGUGGAGGUGGUCCUCAACUUCAUCUGCGAGUGUCCGUGCUCCGCCCGCGGAGAACCCAACAGCAACAAGUGCGACGCCGGCCACGGCACCUUCGAGUGCGGCGCCUGCAAGUGCAACGAAGGUCGCAUCGGACGUCUGUGCGAGUGCAGCACGGAUGAAGUUCGGACGGAAGAUCUGGACGCCAACUGCCGCAAAGACAAUGGCACGGACAUCUGCAGCAACAACGGUGACUGCGUGUGCGGAACGUGCGAGUGCAAGAAGCGCGACAACCCCGCGGAGAUCUACAGCGGCAAGUACUGCGAGUGCGACAACUUCAACUGCGACCGCUCCAACAACAAGCUCUGCGGAGGCCACGGACGCUGCGAGUGUCGCGUGUGUGUGUGCGAUGACAACUAUACGGGCAGUGCGUGCGACUGCUCCCUGGACACGUCCACCUGCCUGGCCAAGAACGGGCAGAUCUGCAAUGGCCGCGGAGGCUGCGAGUGCGGCGUCUGCAAAUGCACCAACCCCAAGUUCCAAGGGCCCACCUGUGAAAUCUGUCCCACCUGCCCCGGGGUCUGCGCCGAGCACAAGGAAUGCGUACAGUGCCGAGCCUUCCAGGCGGGCGAGAAGAAGGAAACGUGCGAGCGCGACUGCAGCGACUUUGUCCUGAUCAAGGUGAAGGAUCGCGAGAAGCUUCCUCAGCCCACCGACCAGAGCUUUCCCCUCACGCACUGCAAGGAGAGAGACGCCAACGACUGCUGGUUCUACUACACCUUUGCCAUCAGAAACGACACCAAGGAGGUCUACGUCGUCGAGAUGCUGGAAUGCCCAGCCGGUCCAGACAUCAUCCCGAUCGUGGCCGGCGUUGUGGCCGGGAUCGUGUUAAUCGGCUUGGCCCUGCUGCUCAUCCUCAAGCUGCUCAUGAUUAUCCAUGAUCGCCGAGAAUUCGCCAAGUUUGAGAAGGAGAAAAUGAAUGCCAAAUGGGACACGGGUGAGAAUCCUAUCUACAAAAGUGCCGUUACGACGGUGGUCAAUCCAAAGUACGAAGGUAAAUAAUGGAGCGAGCAUCUUGUUCUCCAAGAAAACACUGUAUGGAAAAGAAAAUCGGGGAUAUUUUUGUGUUGUCACUCUUUUAUUUUGUGCCACGUUUGCUCCCAUUUUGCUAUGCAUUAACUGCAGUUUUGUUUGUUAAAAAACUUGCCUCUUUUUAUUUUUUUCAUGAGAAGGUGCGGUACUGAUACUCAUCCUUAGAAUUGUGUUUUUUUUUUCUUAAUCUUGGUACCGGAUAGCCUCCUAAGUGUGCCUUUUUUGAAGCCAUCAGUGUUUUUAUGGGAUGUUGAUCCAGAAUAAGUGUGCCAAGUGGUAUGUAGUGUGCGUACUUGCUGAGGAUGUGAAUUCUAUCGAAGCGUAUUGCUGCCAAAGAAAAGAAAAGUUCAUGAUCACGUGCUAAGGUGAUAAGAUUAAUGUUUUGGUGUGAAACGUUUUACGGUACAACUCGAUAAAUGUGAUAUUUGGCAUUCGGCAAAACAAAUACUUCUGGCUGAGGGCACUGGCGGAAACGAGUGUCUUUUGUUUUUUUUUAAGAUCCGGAGCCUUUUGAUACACAAAGAAAUUGCACCCUUUUGUCUUCCUGAAGCAAAAGUCCAAUUCUUCAUUUUGCAAAAUUUAACAUAAAAUUUAUCAAUCAAAUGUGACAUGUAUUGUGUUAGAACGUGAUAUUGAAGUUUUUUUUUCUGUGUGACAGCAAUAUUUUCCCCAUUGCGGUAUGUUUGGGUUCUGUGUAAAAAGCCAUAUUCAUAGAACAUGCUGGGUGCUUGAUUAGAUUGGCUUUGAUUGAUGGAUGGAACCAAUCACUUUUAACAUGUGAAAACAUUAGUCAGUGUACAGAACUUUGUAGGACUUGUUUUGUUUCUAAAGCCAACUCAGGUGCUUAACUUCUUCACAGCGUUGCCAAAUAUACACUUAAACACGCCAUUUUUCUUUAUUAUUAUUAUUUUUUUACUCAAUUACUUUAUUUGAUCAAAGGAAGGAAAGCGGGAAGUGGAUUGUGACGAUCAGGGCUAGGGUAAUGUUUGUUUUUAAAGACAUACUAUGUUCAGAUAAAGAGGUUUCACUCGAUUCCAUUUGUUCUAUUUCAUCCCUGCUGAUCGCCAGGAGGUGGUGCUUAAAGCAUUGAAUGUUUCCUUCAUGCAUGCAUACCAAAUUAGUGUGACCUACCGACCUCUGGAUGACCCCAGUGUCACCAAAGGUUUGUUUGCCCUUUUCGUCUCCCAGCGUUGUCACUCGACCCAGGACUGUUUGCACAUUUUGGGGUGCCUUGAGAGGAGUACCGCCGGAGGAUAAUUGUGUUGCUGCCUCAUGGACCACACCCGACCGACACUCUUGCCAGGUUUCAUCACGUGGAUGUUGCUCAGCCCCAUCCAUUGGGUGUGGUCUUCCGUUCUGCUAAGGCUUCUUAGUGAGGUCUGUGAUUCCUCAUGACUAUGCUGGUAUUGCUCAUUCAGAGGCAGUCAGCAGGGAUGAAAUAGAACAAAAGUUACAACUGUAACUACGGUUCUAUGAAUCCCGAAUGACCGCCACGGCAUCUUGUCAUUCAGAAUCCUUGCGUUAAUGUGAGAAGAUUCCGUAGAAAACUAAUUACCUGUCCACUGGUCAUCCAGGGGUCAUAGGUGACUAAUGCAUAUUCAAACUGCUGUGCAUGCGCAAAGGAAACAUUCGAUGCUUUAAGACCCGCCGCCUGGCAGUCAUUCGGGAUUCAUAGAACCGUUGUUAGUCCUAAUUUUUGUUUUGAGCGCCUUUAAAAAAAUGUCAUUUGUGUGUUUCAGAAAUUAUUUAUUGAAUAAAAAAAUGCAAUUAAUUGGUCUUUACAUUUUGCUCUAUUGUGCUUAAAUGCUUUUGUAGUUUAUGUAAUUUUACAACAUGCAAAAACGAUCAACCUGGACAAAAAUAGAUCAAUUAAAACGGAUUUAUUUUAGUGUAUAAUUUUGCUACUGUUUUUGCUUCCUGACAAAAUGUUUUUGUUUCAAGGUUUUUAUAAUAAAAUACUCUGUCAUUGUGUCA